AUGGAAGAGGAGAGCCAGGAGCAACCGACGGAGACAAGAGGCCGUCGCAGGCGUUCGGAGUACUCGGAUCACUUCGAGCAAAAGGCACAGUGCAAGUACUGCAAGGCGCUGAUGUGCACCGAUCCAGCCUGGGACGGUACCUCGCGUCUCAAGAAGCACUACGAGGAGACCUGCCUCGCCAGGCACCCUCGCAGAUCCACUCGUGCUAGACACCACCACUCGCCUGCUGCAUCCAAGCAACAGGCAGAUCACGGCUUGCAGAACGCAUCGACGAUCUCCAAACCCAGCUCCAAUGAUUCCGGCCAGCAAUCGGCUGAAGAUCAGCUUGUCAGGAUGAUCGCGCUGCAUGGAUUCCCUCCCUCGGUGAUGGAAGAUGUGCGACUCACUGUUCGACCGAGAAAAGAGCAGCCUCAAGGACGCGCUCGGGCGUACGCCUGGGCUGGUGAUGAUGAGCCUCCCUAUGAUCACAUAGUGGACGUCAAAGAUUACUCUAACGUCUUCAGAGGCCGGGAUGAGGUGCUGGGAACUAUUUCUUCAUGGGGUCUUUCGUCUAAGGUUUCUACAGCUACGCUAACAGGUGACUUUACCAACUCUCAUGAUAGGAAUCCAUAUGGAGAACACUGCCUUCUCGCCUUUGUGAAGUUAUGUUUGACUAGGAAAAAACGCAAGGAUAUUUCUUCUCGUCUGCGGCUGAAUCACUCGUGGACAUACAACAGCUGGUGGUAUGCGUUUUAUUAUGCGCUGCAAAUUCUUCAUGAGGAGUGCUCUUCUGGAGCUGCAGAAAUCGCUGGCUUAGUAGGAGAAGACACAUUCGAUGAAACAGAUACUACCGAGCUAUUUCGCACAACAUUAGGCGUAGUAUACAAUGCUAUUGAAACAGUUUCUGCCUCUACUUGUCCAACCUCAAAUCUGUCCCUUAUAGAGACUGUGAAGCUGAAAAGAAAGAUAGAUUCAGGAUAUAACAUUGCAUCUCGAAAGAAGGAUGAUAAAGAUACAGAUGACGAACGAAUUGAUGAUACAGAUUCUGAUGAAGACCUAACUCAUGAAAGCGAUGGUGAAGAUAUCGACGAUCACGAGGAAUAUGAUGCUCAACCUGCUUUUCAAAGAACAAAAAAACAUCUAGACCUGUAUUUUCAGAUGCGUUAUUUGUCGCAUAGCAUACCACUUAUUCUAGACCCAAGAUUCAAGCUUGUUAAAGUUAAACGCCUUCUCAAGAAAGCUUCCCUACCUCCAGAUUGCAUCUCUGAGGUUCAAUCAACAGUUCGUCAGCUCUUUCUGGACUACAGCAAUCAGUCCGAUGCAAGGGAGCACACCAAUCACGGCAAUGAAAAUGAAAUGGUCAUCAUUCCAUCCCAGCAAAGGCCUGAGAGCACAUUACAAACUGUUGAUCAAUCAACGAUCGAAGAGGAUCAUGGGAGUUCACAGGAAAGCGGAACAGAACUCGACGCUUACCUCCAAGAAAAGACCGUCCCUUUCGAGGAAGAGAAUUUCGACAUUCUCAAGUGGUGGAAGGAGAACUGUCACAGGUACCCGACAGUGGCAAGAAUGGCGAGGGAUUUCCUGGCCAUGCCGGCGUCGGCAAGGACAACCCCUCAGAUGAUGACCGAGAUCACAAACCAUCUUGGCCGUUAUGCGUGA